AUGGUUAAUGUUUUCAACCCAACCGUCUUCUUUAUUGUUCUUAGAGAAAGUUUAGAAGCAAUUAUUGUGGUGUCCGUUUUACUUGCCUUUUUGAAAAAGGGUCUCGGAGGUGCCGACAGUGAUAUUGUUGUCUAUAAGCGAUUGCGAGCACAGGUUUAUUGGGGGUCGUUUUUCGGUCUAGUUCUCUGUUUAUGUAUUGGUGCUGCCUUCAUUGCCUGUUUCUAUACCCUUGGUAAGGAUAUUUGGUCUGACUCCGAAGAUCUUUGGGAAGGUAUUUUCAGUAUCAUUGCAACCGUGUUGAUUUCGAUUAUGGGUGUUGCUAUGUUGCGUGUCAAUAAGAUGCAAGAAAAAUGGAGAGUCAAGUUGGCUCAGGCCUUAAUUAGACCACCAAGUCAAAAGAAAGACAGAAUGAAGAUAGGUUACUUAACCAAAAAGUACUGUAUGUUCAUCUUACCGUUUAUUACCGUCUUGAGAGAAGGUUUGGAAGCUGUUGUUUUCGUCGGUGGUGUUGGUUUAACAUCACCUGCUACUUCUUUCCCAAUUCCAGUCAUUACUGGACUUAUGGCAGGUAUCUUCAUUGGAUACUUGUUAUAUAUUGGUGGUACUUCGUCAUCUUUACAAGUUUUCUUAAUUGCCUCUACUUGUAUCUUGUACUUGAUUGCCGCUGGUCUUUUCUCUCGUGCCGUUUGGGAUUUCGAAAUGAACGUUUUCAAUAAACAAACUGGUGGUGACGCUGCUGAAAAUGGUUCUGGUGCUGGUACUUAUAACAUCAACUUGUCUGUUUGGCACGUUAACUGUUGUAAUCCAGAAACUGACAAUGGUUGGGAUGUCUUUAAUGCUUUAUUAGGAUGGCAAAACUCUGCAACUUAUGGUUCCGUUUUAUCAUAUGUUGUUUACUGGAUUUGUCUUAUUAUCACUUUAUUACUUAUGCUUUACGAAGAAAAGAAGGGUCACUUGCCAUUCAUGAAGAACAUGACCUUAGCUAAAUUGAACCCAAUGUACCACAUCAAGGGUAAGAAGAAGUUUGAAUUAACUAAGGAUGAACAAGAUGAACUUUUCGAAAAGUUGAAGACACAGAAGAUUGGUGGUGAUUAUGAAGAAGAAGAAGUUGAAAUAGUUCAAGAUACUAAAGUGGAAUCCGAUGGUGAGAAGAAAGCUGCUACUUCUUCUCUCUAG